CGCCAGGAAACGACCAACGACGGAUGGCCAUUUUAGAAUCGUCACUCUUCAAUUUUGUCUCGAAAAAGUCUCGAGCAAAGUCGAUUGACGGCAUUGCAGCAGUGCCAGACCACGCCAUUAUGGGCAACACGCACUGAUGUGAACUGACCACCCGAUAUACCAGUAGAACACCUCAAACUCCUGAACCUCCUCCUCCGCCUCUCCUCCUGAGCUGUCGAGCUCUCGUCUCGCAAUGCGCCCGCGACUCCUUCUCCCUCGCGGGGACCUGGCCCGGCCAUGCUCCCCGGCGAUACACUCGACGACCACCCGAUUCUUUACACAGAGCGCAUCACUUCGCGUGGGAAUUCGAACAAGACCCCAACUCGGCUUCCUCAACGUACCCGUAACCACCCAACAAUAUCGUUACCUGACGACCGAGCGCAAGGCGAGACUCAAGUACGACAUCAAGCAGGGAAUCAAGAUCACCUCAUCCCUUUGGAUCGCUGGCGCUUGCUGCUUCGCCAUCGCAUUCGCCCUUGUUGAAGAAACACUCGAAGCCCGAUAUCCGACACCACACGAAUGGAGCAUGCUAAGUCGAAUUUUCUUCCGCGGAGCUUUCUGCGAGCGAGACCAGACCGACCCGUCCCGCAUAACCGACUGGGUUCAUGUGACGAAUUGGAUCAAGAGCGUGGUAGACCGGUUGGAGGAUCCCAGCAUUGACGGCAAGGGACUUAGGGAUGCGCCGUCCGACAGACCAAAAGGCACCAAGGACAUCAGCACCAUGUCCGAGAACUGGAGACGGGGCUACUACGAAGCCAUGAUGUUGUACGCAAAGGCCGCCGAGAACGUCGAGAAGUGGGUAACCGACAAGACCCAAAACCUCACCGUCCCGAACGACUACGUAAUCGGUCCCUCCAACCCCAACCCGCGCCCCUUCCCCAACGAGGACUACCGACCGCCGCAAGAGGACGACUGCGUGCCGACCUUCGAGUCCCCCAACGAGAUCUACAUGCGCAUCCUCUCCACCGAAGGCCUCACCAACCGACAGCGCAUGGAAGCCGGCCUGGCCUACGCCACCUGGCUCGAAUUCAAGCAAAUCACCGGACCCGCCAACAUCAUCCUCGAAAACGCCGUCGACCUCGCCGCCACCGAGCAAGCCUCCCUCAUCGGCGGCCAGUCCCCGCUAGACACCAAAACUUACACCCUCAUCGACACCGCCGGCCACCAUCCCUCCUCCAACCUCCUCCAAUCCCUCACCGCCCUCGCCACCUUCCGCGCCCGCAACGGCGACGUCUCCUCCGCCCUUCCCAUGCUCGUCUCCAUCCUCCAAGCGCGCAAAACCCUUCCGACUUCCGACCCGCGCCGCAUCCCUCCCCUUCCACAGAAGAAACAGACCUGGGCCGGCGCCGCUCUAGCUCUCCUCUCGGAGCCGCCCUAUCCGGACGCACCCGAGGAUGGCACCCUCCCCCCUUUGCGCGACGCCAAGGAACGCUGCGAGGAGGCCGCCCUGAGUCUGCAUAUCGGCGAGAUCAUGUACACUGCCAAGUCUACCAACAACACCAACCCUUCAGAAACCUCUGCUCAGCAUCAUUCCCACCACCGCGAAGAAGGACUAGGCUGGACCCGCGAAGCAGUCGACAUAGCCGAGGAACAACUCCGCGGUCUAAGCAACAAGCAGUCCGCCAUGCCCGCCAGACACACAUGCCGCGAGUGUUUGGCUGCGGGGCUGGAGAACUGGACGAUGAUGGUGUCGAGGCUGGCGAGGGAGGAGAAGGCGAGAAAGGAGGAGUUGGAAAGGAAUCCGGACCUUCACAAGCCAAAGAAAACGAGCUGGUGGGGCUUCUGGGGACAAGGGGAACACAAACAGGAGGAUUUGAAUAGGUGGGCGGCGGAGGAGAAGGUUAUUGCCGAGAGGCAGAGGAGGGCGGCGGAUUUGUUGGACGAGUUGCCGACGGGUAAUAGGGGGUUUUUGUCUUUUUUGCAGGCUUAAAUGCUCGGAUGGCUGGGAAGAAUGUGGUGGAUCUUGGGUGGGUGGAUUUGGGGUGGCCUUGAAGCACCCUCUCCCAGGCACGGAAGAGAAUGGUUGAGUAGUGAGUGUGGGACGGUUUGGUGAAAUGCAUCAUGGAAAAGGAGCACAGGACAAAGGGGGGCAGAACACUACUUGCUUAUUAGCGUUGUAGUAUGUAUGUUUGUAUAUUUAGUAGUUUGCUUCACGCAUUGUACGUAUUACAGAAGCUUACGUUGAGGGUUAAGGAGGAUACAGCACUCCUUGCCGACAUUCACGACUGUUGGAUAAGUU